AUGGAAUUGAAUACUGACUCUCAUAUAAUAAGAAAGAGAAUCAAAUCAACAGCCAAAUACAAUACAUUAAUCAAACAGCCAGCAGGUUCUCUGAAAAGCAGACAGAGCAGGGGUGCAUCAUCAAUGUCACAGAAUAAUAUGAUGCAAGAAGCAAUGGACUUGAUAAAGAAUAAUGAUAUUAAUAUAUUAUUUGAGAAAAGUCAGAAGCACUGUAACUCCAGAAAAUACAGUAAAUAUAUCUCUCAGUGUCCAGCCACCUGCUUUAAAGUUGAAAUAAUUGAGAGCAUCUGGACAAGAGUGGUGCAGAUAUGGUAUGAUGGCAGAUAUAAUGUCAGUAGUAUAUCAAGUACUCUAUCUAAUAAACCAAACAAGACAGAAGCUAGAAGACUUUAUAAUAUUGCAAGUUUUGCAUGGGGGCACUUUAUGAAAAAGACUUGUGAUGUUGUAAUGAGGAAACUCUCUGGAUUAACAGCUAAAGAGUGA